ACACGCUCGGCCGGUAUCGGCUCGCAUACGCGCUCAGUCGUGCUCGGGCCUUGCUCGCGUACGGACGUUUUUCUUCUUGCAUCAACUUGUAUCUCGUGCGCGCGCCGAGAAAAACUUCGGACUUGGGACAUAGAGAGAUAGAUAGAGUUUGAGAGUGUUUUAGCUUACUCCUCAUCGCCGAGGUCACCGUACACUUUCUAUAUAUCUCUCUCUCUCUCUCUCUCUCGAUUCGAUUCUGUUUCUCUCAUCCUCUUAUCGUUGUUACUUCUCCAUUCGCUUUGAAUUGCUCUUUUAUUUCGGCCGAUAAUACUUGAUCGGAUUCUUAAUCGAAGUUAUUGUUUGAUCGUGCUGAACUAUAUUAAUGACAUUAGAAAAGUGCAAAAGUUCGUAUUUGAUAUCGGACCGAAUUUAUAUGUGUGAGAAACGAUAUAGUGCUAUUCGCGUGUUAUUCGAUAUUUAACGAAGUAUAGGAGAAGCGAAAAAGAUAUAUUGAUAGUGUAUUGGAAGCUGCGGGAAACAUCCAUCGGUGUCUCAUCUGUCCUCCUACUAUUAUACUAUUACUACUCCUACUAAUAUUACUACGGGGGUAUUAACAGCGGUCUCGAGUAACAGUGAUAAUCACGGACCGCUUUAAACGGUGCGCGAGUGACGCUCUCGCGAUCCUAACGUGUUCCGAUUAACUUCGUUCCGUUACGCGUAUUCCCUCGAGUGUGCGCUUCACAAUAUAUAUAUAUAUAUAUAUAUAUACACAAAUAUAUACAUCGUACAUACAUAUACAUAGACAUAUAUAUAUAUAUAUAUGCACAAUAUAAAGUGAGAGGACUCGCGGGAGUAGGAAGAAGGAACAAAGAAACGACGUGCCUACUACACUAUUACUACUAAACUACUGUGAAUCUCUCUCGGUGUAAGAGAAAAAGAAGAAGAAGAAGAAGAAAAAGGGAAAAAAAAGAAAGAAAGAAAGAAAGAAAGAAAGAAAAAGUGAGAAGAAAAGAGAAGGAAACACGAGAAAGGGGUGUCCAUAGUUGAUUAAUAUCUUUCUAUCUCUUUCCCUCUAUCUCAUUCACUCACACUCCCCCUCCAAUACUAUUUCGUCCUCUUAUUCUACUCUAUUCUUCGCAAGAGCAAAAGCUGCAAUAAUCCAACAGCAUCCAACAUCGAGCAAUAGCAACAACGUCAACAACAACAACAACAACAACAACAACAACAACAACACCACCACCGUAAUCGUCGUCGUCGUCAUCGUCAUCAUCAUCAUCAUCAUCGUCGUCGUCGUCAUCGUGGUGGUGGUAGUAGUGGUGUCGUGUCAAUUGCAUCCUUCGUACGACGUCGACGACGCGACAGCGACGACUUCGGAUUGUCUCUUGAGACGUUAAGAUGAGAUUGGAGGAGGACUUAGUGAUUCGUAGGAGCAGACCCACGAUGAUUUCGGCAAAGUAUCGUGCAAGAGAGGAACGUCGUCGACUUCUCAAAAUAUCCGCUGGAAAAUUACGUAGAAUCGAGGAUCCCGAAGCGAGUUUGUGCAGAUCGGUCCUAAUAAACAAUGCAGUUAGACGAUUGCAGCGUGAAAACCGGGACGAGAAGACUAGGAACUAUGGACUUCCGGUGGUCACGUAUUUGAAUGACUCGACGAAGGAGAACAAUGUUUCCAGUAAUCUUAUCGUCGAUGAUGACAGUAAUUCGAGAAAGAGGCUGGCCGAUGAUACGAGAAACGAUGGGCUUAGUACGAAACGCCAAAGGCACGACGAGUUAGACCUACAAGACGACGUUUUCAGCGACUUUUACAUCCUACCACCAACCCCUCGAUUACUUUCCCAUAUCGAUGAUGUUCACGACGCGGAAUCGGCUCAUCAUCAUUUGGUCUAUUCGGAGGAUCGUUUGGGUGGUACGGUCGACGUACGUGGUCCAACGAACAUGGUCGACCAUACGUCCACGACGAAUGUUACGUCGACGACAACGACACCAACGAUACAAGCGGCAUCGCCAACGGCAACGACGACGAUGACGCCAAACGUCAACACAAAUUCCUGCAACAACUCUGUCCUCUUCCCAGCUGACCUGGACGACCCCAGUACUCAACUGGCAAGCAGAUCGACGGACGUAGGCAUGAUGGAAGUCGCUGAUGUAGUUGGUUGCGAUCCUGACAGGAUCUGUGACUUUGCUAGGUUCGCAGAUUCAGCGAAAACGUUGGAGGAACGAUUGGUCGAGUUGCAAUCGCUCGAUGAACAUUUUGACCUAGCCAAAUUCGAAAGGAACAACAAUCAGAGCUGUGGCAGAGCUUUCCACGAUAUCCAAACUUUCCACAGCCUCGUACCAGGUUUGGAAACCUAGAGAAAAGUGAUACACCAUGAGCAUCCUUUCCUUGUCGCUUCUAAAUCGUUCUAUGAUCAUAUAAACAAGAAAAAAAAGAGGAAUAACAGGAACAAUAAUAGUAACAACAACAAUAACAACUACAACAACAACAAAAAUAACAACGACAACAACGAUGAUGGCGACGAGGACGAUGAUAAUGAUGAUAAUGAUAAUAAUAAUAAUAAUAACGAUGAUAAUGAUGAUUAUGAUGAUAAUGAUGAUUAUGAUAAUAGUAACGCUGGCUUCGAUAAAGAUGAAGACGCGAAUGAGCAAGCGGGUCUUCGCUUUCGCGGCACGCACAAUGAACCACCAAGAGGAUGAACCUAAAAAUGUGGCAAAACAUAAUCUAGAAAGUCAACGAUUAGAAAGACUAAUCGUGCUCGUAUAUCAUUACCGUUGAACGAUCGAUAUAUAGGUGCAUAAAAUAAAAAAGGAGAAAAAUAUAGAAAAGGAUGAACCACUCGAGAUUAAGAUUUGCAUCGAAU